AUGGCUUCAAAAUACGUCGACAUUGAUGAAGAACCAACACACACACAACGUUUUUCGGAUAUCGCUGGAGAACCUUGCCGAAUGUUAAUGCCGAUUCAAGGAUAUGAAAAAAAGCCUCUUGUUUCACUUGAAGAUGCUGUGGAACCUAUCGUUUCGUAUGUACCUGAUGUGAAACGAAUGGCCUAUAUGGCAAAAAUGAAAUGUGCAGAGCUUUCACCAAAAGGGUUACCCAUAGAUCAAGCAGCCUCAAUCACGCUCUAUUCAAUGGAAUGGGAGCCUCAAGAAGAAUGUCUGUAUUAUGUAUUAAAUCAGACACUACGAAAUGAAAAUCGGCAAAAAGUGAAACCGUGGUUUCUUUAUCUCCGGCUGAUUCUUACUGCACUGGCUCAACUGCCAUCAUCUGUUUCUAAUGUUUAUCGUGGAGUUAAACGUGACAUGAGAAAAGAAUACCCAGAAGGAAAAACAUUUGUUUGGUGGGGUUUCAGUUCUUGUACAUCCAAGAUAAGUGUACUCCAGAAUGAACAAUUUUUGGGUACAACAGGUCCAAGAACUUUCUUUAUGAUUGAAUGUAAUAGUGGCAAAGAUAUCCGAGAAUACUCCUGUUUUAAAGCUGAAGAUGAAAUUCUUCUUCCAGCCGCAAGACAAUUUAAAGUCGAAGCAUGUCUUAGUCAAGGUAAAGAUCUUUAUCUCAUACAACUCAAAGAAAUUCAACCAUCAUUUCCCCUGAUUGAACUUGUACCAACAACAUCUGCGACAAAAGUUCCAGCAGCAGCAGUAACAAAAGUGCCAGCACCACUAAAACCAAUUGGCAGUUCUUCUGAAUCAAAAACAACAACCACAGCACGGGGUAGGAUUGUAAAAAUUGAUUUUAUUUGA